AUGCCCUCGUCCACCGACGCCGCACGCUACAACCACAAGCUCGACCUCUCGGGCAAGACGGCCGCAGUCGCAGGUGGCACCCAAGGCAUCGGUGCCGCUGUCGGCCUCCGAUUCGCUCAAGCCGGCGCAAACGUCUACGUCAUCGGCCGCAACGAGAAGCUCGGCGAGGACGUCGUGCGCCGCUGCAGGGCUCAGGCGGGCGCAGCCGCUGACGGCAAGACGUUCGAGUUCAUCAAGGCCGACCUGUCGUGCGUCCCCGAGUCUCGCUCACUGUGUUCUCAAGGGAGACGAGCUGACAUGCACGCGAGCGACAGGUCCGUGAGCGAGGUGCACCGCGUCGCCAAGGAGCUCGAGCGCAAGACGGGCAAGGCCGGCAUCGACUACCUCGUCACGACCCAGGGUGGUCCUCCGCACGGCGCCUACACGCAGACAUCGUCGACGCCGUCGCACGACGCCCACUUUGCCGUCCAGACCCUGUCGCGCUUCGGCCUCGCGUACCUCCUCGCGUCGUCCAACACGCUCAAGGACACGUGGCUGAGCGUGUGCGCGCCCGCCGGCGCCAAGGGCCCCGAACCCGACGUCGACGACCUCGAGCUCGAGAAGCGCGAGCACCGCGACAAGUGGCUCCUCGGGCGCAUCAUGGGCCAGGGCAAGCAGGACUCGGCGCUCGGGGACGCAGUCGCUGUCCAAUUCCACAAGCACUUUCCGCACCUGCGCUCGGCGCACCUCUUCCCCGGCUUUGUCUUUACCAACGCCCUCGCGUCGACCUCGCUCGUCCCCUCGCCGAUCCUGUCGCUGUACAACCUCGUCGGGCCCCUCGCGGCGCGCAUCCUGCCCUUUGGCAACCUGCCCGAGACGUACGCCGACGUGCCCGUGUACGUCGCGGCCAACCCGGCAGCGCGCAGCCAAGGGCUCGAGUACUGCAACGAGCGCAUGAAGCCGCUCGGGAGCCCGGCGUGGGCCGAGGGCGCGACGGGCGCAAAGGUGUGGGACGGGCUGAGGGCCAUGAUCGAGGAGUGAGCUGGUGGGCGGGCGAGCGAGGAGCCGGAGAGGAGGGGCGGAACGUGUUUGAGAAGGUCGCGCUUUGCUCGUCGGUCGCGGGCGCAGCCGUGGCUGUAGCCAGUCUCGCUUUGCAGUGUCACUCUUGUACAUAGCUG